AUGUUCGAUAGUAACAUCCUUUUGAAUUUUUACAAUGAGAUUGCGAAUAGAAGUGCACUACAACUGGCAAGUGCUGGAAUGAUGGGCGAGGGGCUGCUGACGCUCACGUACGGCAAGCACCACGCCUGCAUCCUGAACGAGGUGGGCGCGGCGUGGCGUGGCGCCCGCUACUCCGACCUGGUGUUGGUGUGCGAUGACGCUGUGCCUCUAGCUGCGCACCGCAUCGUCAUGGCCGCUGCUAGCCCUUUAAUAAGGAAAAUUCUCGAUGACACACCGUCUAUUGAGAACCCAGUAACAAUCCAUAUGUCAGGCAUCAACAGCACACUUAUGAGACAUUUACUUGUAUUCCUCUACAGUGGCCAAGCAUAUAUUGAGUCUGGUGAAAUCGAUGACAUGCAAGAGCUAUUCGAAUUGCUAGAAAUUAAAUCAGAUGUUUGGAAAUCAACAAAAGAAAGACAACAGGCAGAAGAAAGGAACAGAUCAUGCGACCGAUUAAAAGGCAAGAAUUUCAAAACUGAUAUAAACAGCAAUGAAAGCAGUAAACAUGAUGCACCAUCAGGAUCCUCACAUUCAGAAAGCGAAAGAGUAACGCCAAGUGCAGGCUAUAGUAAAGACAAGGAACGAGGAGAAUCUGAAUCUAUGAAUAUAAAGAAAGAAAAUAUGUCAACAAGUAGUAAUGAUGAAAGAGAAGAUGAUGAUCCUGAUAAUGAAAAGAGAGACAAGGAUUGUGGAAGAGUUUCUUCACGUCGGCGGAGUUCUUCUAAUCCUGUUAAUCUAUCGUUAGCCAGAAAUUCUGAAAACACAAGCAGCGAACAUGAAGAUUCACAAGAUUUAGAUGUUGAAACGGUCGCGGCAAAGAAUAUUGGGAGAAGACGGUCAACAUCUUCAAGUCAAGACGAUCAACCGGUAGAAACUGUUUAUAGACGGCAAUUAUUAAGUGAUCGGUUAGGCAGAGGUAUUGAAAGAGCUAAAAGAAAAUCCCAUUAUUUAGAACCACCUGAAUUAGAUUUGAGAACCGUUAAAUUGGAAGACUACCAACACCUUAAGACAACUGAUAACGAAUUUAUGGCACUUGUUCAACCUUCACCAGAAAAUUAUGUCGUAACACCACAUAGAAAAAGACGACCCGGCUUUCAUAAUUCACCCUCACAGAAUCCACCGUUUGUAUCAUUUCCUCCAAGCUAUUUAGAAGAAAUGGCUCAUUUACGAUACGCACAAGCACCUGCAGUAGCAGCAGGAGUGGCUAGACUGGGGGCAUUACAUCAGAUUAGCGCCUCAGCCCCUCCAUAUAUACCGGAACGAAGUGCCACUCCGCCUGCUGCAGCACAUGAUGAUGCUCUAAAAUAUCGACCUCCUAGUGCUGGAUCCUGGGGUCCUUGGCUUUGUCAGCCGCAGAUGGGUGGAGAUGAAGCACCAUCUACAGAACAUGAACAAGGCUCUAGUAAACAAGCACCAGUCCGAGAAUACCGAUGUGAAUAUUGUGGCAAACAAUUUGGUAUGUCAUGGAAUCUCAAGACUCAUCUGCGAGUUCAUACAGGUGAAAAACCAUUUGCUUGUCGGCUUUGCGUUGCUAUGUUCAAACAAAAAGCUCACUUGCUUAAACAUCUAUGCUCUGUGCAUCGGAACGUGAUAUCGUCUAGCGAAAACGAUGGAAGAACAAAUACCCCAGGACGUUUCAAUUGUUGUUUCUGUCAGUUAACAUUCGAAGCUCUACCAGAGCUAAUUAGACAUCUUUCUGGACCCCACAACAGCCUGCUUUUAAGCAAAAAUCUACACGAA